AUUGAUCAUUACACCAGGAUAAAUUUUAAACCUGAGAAGGAAGGAAAAACCAAGCAGCAUGUGUGUGUUUCCUGGUAAAUCUUUUUUGCUCAUUGCAAUUUCAUGAGAGUAGAGGUUUGCUAUUUAAGAUAAAAUAUUUUGGGACUAUAAUUAAUAUUAUGAGUUUUGAAUUCAGGUAUAAUUGUUUGGAUGGUCAAGCCAGUAAUCCAAGUACUGGAGAGAAUACCACAAAUACCCUCCACAAGAGGGAAUGUGCUGCUUUACAGGUGGAGGUAUCUGGGAAAAAGCUGAAAGUUCAAUUUCGGACUCAAUCCGAGUUGAGUGGUUUGCAAAUCCAGGAAGAGAAAAUCAAACCUGGUAUUGUCAAAGUGGAUGAGAAUUCAGGGAAAACAGAUGAAGAAGAGAAAGAAGACAGAGCUGUUCAGUCAUUGCUCAACAAGCUGAUGAGAAGCAACCUCGUGAACAACACCAAUCAAGUGGAGGUCCUACAGCGGGACCCGAAUUCCCCCCUCUAUUCAGUGAAGUCUUUUGAAGAGCUUCGGCUGAAACCACAGCUUCUGCAAGGGGUCUAUGCUAUGGGCUUUAACCGGCCAUCUAAGAUACAAGAGACCGCACUACCCAUGAUGCUUGCUGAACCCCCACAGAACCUGAUCGCCCAGUCUCAGUCUGGUACCGGUAAAACAGCGGCCUUUGUCCUGGCUAUGCUCAGCCACGUGGAACCACUGAACAGAUACCCCCAGUGUUUGUGCCUCUCACCCACUUAUGAGCUGGCUCUUCAGACGGGAAAGGUGAUUGAGCAGAUGGGCAAAUUUUAUCCAGACCUUAAGCUGGCCUAUGCUGUUCGAGGCAACAAGUUGGAAAGAGGUCAGAAGAUCAGUGAGCAGAUUGUAAUUGGCACCCCUGGCACCGUUCUGGAUUGGUGCUCCAAGCUGAAAUUCAUUGACCCCAAAAAGAUCAAGGUGUUUGUUCUGGACGAAGCUGAUGUGAUGAUUGCUACCCAAGGCCAUCAGGAUCAGAGCAUCCGCAUCCAGAGGAUGCUGCCUAAGGAUUGUCAGAUGCUGCUUUUCUCUGCCACCUUCGAGGAUUCCGUGUGGAGGUUUGCUCAGAGAGUUGUCCCAGACCCCAACAUCAUCAAACUGAAGCGAGAAGAGGAAACUUUAGAUACCAUUAAGCAGUAUUACGUUUUGUGCAGUGACAGGGAUGAGAAGUUCCAGGCCCUCUGUAAUCUGUACGGGGCCAUCACCAUUGCACAAGCUGUGAUCUUCUGUCAUACCCGCAAAACAGCUGGUUGGCUGGCAGCUGAACUAUCCAAAGAAGGCCACCAGGUGGCGCUCCUGAGUGGCGAGAUGAUGGUGGAACAGAGAGCUGCUGUGAUUGAGCGUUUCCGGGAGGGCAAGGAGAAAGUGUUGGUGGCCACCAAUGUGUGUGCUCGAGGUAUUGAUGUGGAACAGGUGUCUGUGGUUAUCAACUUUGACCUGCCAGUGGACAAGGAUGGGAAUCCAGACAAUGAGACCUACCUCCAUCGGAUUGGGCGCACGGGGCGCUUUGGCAAGCGAGGCCUGGCCGUGAACAUGGUGGACAGCAAGCACAGCAUGAACGUUCUCAAUAAGAUCCAAGAACAUUUCAAUAAGAAGAUAGAGAGAUUGGACACAGAUGAUUUGGAUGAGAUUGAGAAAAUAGCCAACUGAAACUCCUUGUCUAGAGUUGACCCACACCCUCCAGAUGUGUUAUCUCCAGCUCCAUUUGGACUGUUUUUCAAAUUGACACAUUUCUUAGCCAGUCACCCAAAAGGACUAAAGUGGGAAUACAUAGAAAUUACCUACCUCAUUUCAAAUUAUGUUUGGACUUAACAAAGAAAAAUUGUGAAAAUAAUGGGGGGAGGUAGAAAGAGCUUUUCAGAAAUUGCCUUUUGAAUAAAUCUAUAUUAAACACAAACACAAAAAAAGCCAAUGUGUUCCCAUCUUAAUGGUCUACUCCAGGAACUGUCGCAUCUGGAUCAUUUGGCUUCCCAUAUCCACUGUGGUAGCAUCUGGUUCUGUUCUCUAUCCCAAAGUGAAACAAGUACAUCCUACAGUGCCAGCCAAUUUACAGGAAACUGCAAGGGGGACAGAGCUGAGGUGACAAUGGGAAGGAGGGGCAGAGCUCAGAAGGGCCUCCUGGACAGCUUCCAAGCCAAAAGGGAGUGGGGAGAGUUCGCAGCUGGGAUGGAGCAGCUCCUUCCUCCCUGACCCCCACAGCUUGAAGACAUUGUGUUUUCUUUCUUAUGAAAAGAGCCCACCAAGAUAUCCAAGGGGGCUCCACUUCCGGAUGGAGCUGGCUUCCAAGAUGUGCCAGUAUCGAUUCAAUAACAUCAUUGUCAUGGAAUCACUUACUGUGUGGUCCCCAGCAUGUCGAGGACCUACAGGAAAUGCCUCAUGCACCAUGGGGCAAAUGAUCUUAGGACUGUGGCUCUCCACUGGAAAGACUGAAGGCAGCAGAUCUCUGCCUCUGUGACUUGGAGAGGAGACGCUUAAGAGGGACAGAGCAGGAGGAUCUUCUCCCCUAUAGCAGUGUUGGCAGCUUCAUGCCUUCAUUGUCCUGGCAAGGUGGCCUCAUCCUCCCAUUGAAAGUCAUGCCAAGUCUGGGCAGUCACUUCAGGACCCUAAUGGUUGUACUGAAGAAAGGCUUCUACCUUCUGUAGCAGUAGAAGUGGCUGGGCCAGCGAGUAUAGCAAGAGACUGUGUCCUCCACCCUCUGCACAGGGACCUCCACUUCCCUGACUAGCCCUGUCUGUCUCCUGGCUACAGGGUGGUCGUGGGCGAAUUCCCAUGUGCUCUCUGGUUCAGAAGGUUCCCAGACCAUCUCUGGGCUCUCCUUGGUAUCCAGAGGGAAGACAGCACCCAGCUGGGGAGGUGCUGAAGACAUAGAAAAGUGGGAGCAGUGGGACAGAUUCCCGAGGCCACUUUGAGCGACUGCUCCCAGACCCAGGACAAGACAACACAGCCAACAUAAUUCCUCCUGAGGACCUUGGAGAAGAAAUGAUCAACUACCUGGGGAAAACCUAGCCCAGACCCAGAGGUUUUUGUGGGUGGUGGGGUUCCACAUUCCACAACCAAACAGCAGCUCUUCAAGGGAGAAAAUGCAACUACAGCAAUCACUUGGCCUGUUUAAAUCAUACCUAGGAGAAGACUUCACCACCACCUCCCCUGUCUUUGGUUUCUCCUGCCAGCAUGGGACAUGGGCGGGUAGAAUGUCCAAAGUCUGGUCCCCACAGUAUGUGUUGGCUCAUGUGGGUGUUUAUGGGAACCAUGUGUAUGAAGUGGUUUGGCUAAUGGGACCUACCUGUUCUCAAGCCUCUUUGUGCACCCAAUGGAGUAGUUAGAACCUGUAAUAGGUAGAAGCCAAAUGGAUCUUCUUUUGGGUUUCUGUCUGUGUCAGCUCCUUGCUUUCAGCUCCCUGGGGCUUUGCUGGAGAUCAGGGGUGGGCAAGAGCCAUUAUGGACCAUCUCUGCUUCUAGGAAAGCCUGUGGCAUAAGGCAGUGGGCAACAAUGAUGAAUCCUUAGGUUAUUUCCUGGGCACUUUGGCUGGAAGAAGCAGCGUUGAUGUCUCCUAGCCCAGGCUACUGAGUUGGAAGCGUUGGUUUCUAUUUGGGGAGUGGGCAUCUUGGGCUCUUUCACCAGACUGGCUGUCCUUUGGUGGGAGUUUUAAUGAGAUAAUAGAUAUGGUGUCAAUCAGUCAAAAAGUCUUCUUUGACAACUUGAGGGUCACCUAUUGAUUAUUGUAGAUCUACUUUCUACUUGUGUGAAUAGAUUUUAACCAGUUGUGAAAAUCUUGUCACUAAAUUAUUCGUGUUCUAGUUUCUAGUAGUGAAAUUAUGAAUCUGUAGUAAUUGAGUGUUUUGAUCACCUUCCAUGGGUGAACUGUUGUUCACAUUGUCUGGGGGAUUAGGAGGUGGGAUGCAAGAAGGAUAUUUGCUGUCAUCUGCCUCAAGCACUGAGGAUCUUAUUAAAGACAACUCCUGUAUCCGUGAAACAACCAAACCAAGGACUUUUUUUUCUUGAGUGUGUGUUCUCUCCCCUCUUUAUGUCCUUUCUCCCUUCCCUUGCACCCCCUGGCCAAAUCCUCAGGCCUUCUGACCUGUGUCUCAACCCUCAUCUUUUUGGAGAUGUUUCACAACUUACAAAUAACCAUUCCUGACUUCACCCCAACACAGCUCUUGUUUGGAAGUCCAGGUGCUAGGCCUUGAGGCAGAUAAUGAAAUAACUAAAACAGGAUUGGCUUCUGACCUUGUAGCACAGGAUAUAGAAUGGAAAAAUUACUAUUUGGGUCACCAUGUUGCCCAUCUCCCCAAAAGGAAGUUUCAUAGGAUCCUGGCAUUUACAGCCUGAAAACACCUUGCAGAUCACUUACAACACCCUUACUUUACAAAUGAGGAAGGUCAGGACCAUAGAGAGGAAAUGAUAUGUACAAGAAGUGAAAUUGGUCUCUCUUUGGAAAAUACAUGUGAAAGAAAUACAGUGGCAUUCAAGGGGGGGAAGAACUUAGAUAGGCCCUUCAGGAUUUCUUCAACGCAGAUGUAAAAAGUGUGGCCAGUAUUUGGACCAAGAUUCUACAAUUAAAAA